AUGGAAUCCCUUUCAAAGCAAGAGUUAAUAGCGACAAUAACUAAGCAAGCUGAUCAAAUAAAAAGAUACGAGGGACGUCUUAGAGAUGUUGUUGCAGCUUAUAAAGGUUUGGUUAAAGAGAAGGAAGCAUUGGAAAUCAGUUUGAAGGCAUUGAACAAGUCUGAGGUACCCAGUGAAGGAGUUUCAGAUGAUUCUGUGGCGGCUCUCACUCUUUCCUUGUCCACAUUGACCGCAGAGAAAGCCCGUAUGGAAGAGGCUUUUCAGGCAGAUAAAAAAGUCACCAGAGAUAAGUAUGAGAACAUAAUAGCAGCAUUGAAAGAGGAAACUAAGUCAUUGGUUCAGCAACAUUUGGUGGAAGUGAGCAACCUCAAGGCUAAGAUAGCAUACGAGAUACAGGAGAGAGAGAAGGAGAGGGCGAACCAUUCUGCAAUGUUGAAAGAACUCCACAUUAAGUUGAACAGCGAAAGAAAGACAAAAGAAAAAUUGGAGGACAAAGUUGUAAAUUCAACCGAGACGCAAGCGUCCCAAGCUGAAUUGGAGAAACGCGUUCGCGAUUUAAGCAGUUCUCUAGAAGCGUCCCAGCGUCGCUUGCAACGAGCGGAGGCUCGCACCGUGGAAACGCCUGCUCUACUCGUGCGAUUACAACAGAAGCUGGCCUUACUGGAGCAAUCGCAUUCUAUAGCCAUUAGAGAGGAGCAAAUAAAGGCGAAACGUGCCGAGGAAUCCGCUCGGAAAAUCUGCGCUAGACAAGAGGAACGCGUGGCUUUACUCGAAGGCAAGAUCGCAGAGUUGUCCCAUACUGUGGGGCAAUAUGACUUGCGACGCCGUCGAGACCAAACCAUCAUACAACAGCUGAAGGAUUCCCUCAACGGCAGUUUGAUGGAUAGGAUCGCUUCCACAUCUAACGAGUAUGCCGAAGACAAGCCGAAAAGCGAGACUGACAGUGAAAAGCUAGCCGACAGCGAAUACCUUCAAACACUAAUAGACAAAAUUCAUAUACUCAAAAAAGAACUAAUAUCUGAAAACGACAAACUAGGCACUCCCAUAGAUAUAGGCGCAGUUCUAAAAGUCGAUGGCUAUGAAACGAUACACAAUAAAUGUAAAGAAGAAUUGGAAAGCGUCAAAGCGGAAUUCGAAGCGUAUAAAAUUCAAAACAUCAAGACCACAAACGGCAGCGAAGAGGACCAAAGCGAGAUAGAAGAUUUGAGGAACGAGAUGGAGAUAUUGAAAGAGAAAGUUGAGACGUACAGAAUGAUGUUGGAACAGGAGAAGCAGGACAAAAUGGACACUUUGAAAAUGUAUGAAGAGAAACUGAAGAGCGAACAAGACUACCACAAGGAAGUGACUUCAGACCUGAAAGCGCGAGUACAAAGCUUAGAGAAACAAGUGUUAACUCAACGGGACAGAUACUCUGCGCUUUUGGAGGAGACUGAUAGUUUCGUUAGAGCCAAGAACGAUAGGUCUAGGAAGGUUAGCGUGGAAGACGGACAAUGGAAGGAAGGAGUGCUGGCGGAUGUGACUGCGCCACCGCAUAUGCUCCACUAUGCUCAUGAAUUAGCUCGAAAAGAUCUCGACAUAACGCAGCUAAGGAAGGAGAAACACGCGUUGGAAGGGCAAUACAGGGACUGCCAAAGAGAAGCAACUAUAGAGAAAGUGAGAUUCAAAGAAGUUGUGAGAACAUUGAAGGAGGAAAUCGACAGGUUAAGAAGAAUACAAUCCCGUGAAGGUGCGAACCUGGAAUACCUCAAGAAUGUAGUGAUGGCGUAUCUCAUGUCCACAGACUAUGCGGGCAGGAAACAUAUGCUCAAUGCCAUAGCAGCAGUAUUGCAUUUCACUACGACGGAGAGAAAUAUGGUGUUAUCCACGCUCUGA